AUGGGCAAGAAGAAGGGGAAGGCACAGAAUGGCCGGGCCAAGCAGAAACAGAAGGCGAAGGGCAGCAACAACAACACUCCGCGCACUCCCAUGUCACGGGACCAGCGAUUUGCUCGACAGAUGCUGUUAGAUGACGAUUGGGAAGAAGAGAAUCCCCUUCAAUUUCGAGGUUUUUCGCAAAACACUCCCGCUAGCUCCACCCCGCGAAGUGCGAAUGCAAAGCUCAGACAUCAAGCCAUCUCUUUCGUCAGCGCCGGCGUCAACUCCCCAAGCGUCAAGCCUCCACAACCCGCAGAACAAGAGACCGGCGACGAGGACAUCACGCUGGACGAUAGCGACGAGGGGGAAUUUGAUGACGAGGACAUAGACGACGGCGCCAUUCAGACCAACAUCAUCAUGGAUGCCGACAUCGAGCUGUCCGAGCAAGGAGUGGCGAAGAUGAACAUCGCAGGACACAACGCUGAUAUGAUGGAGAUAGAUACAGGCGCGAUUGCUCAGGAGAACUCACACACUGUUCCCGAGCAAGACGUCUCUUUCGUGGUAGACACUGUUGGAGAUGCUAGUCUCGCGGGAAAGCAACGUACCAACGCAAGUCGACCUCCCAAGAAGCGCAGUCCCUCGCCAGCUCCAUCAGACUCCAGCGAGGAGGUUGUCGUUUUCCAUGGCCGCAAUCGUGGGCAGGCCACCAUCAUCGAUGAUCCAGUCACGCAGACUCCACCGCAGCAGGCACCCGCCCCUCCCAAGGCAUCGAGUCCACACAUCACAGACGAUUUACUCAACGCUCUCAAGGCGCCGACUCCGGGAUACUCGCCAGCUUUUCCCGAGCCCAGCCGAUCCUCGCUGCCUGUGAUGGGCUGGGGCGCGAGACCGUCGAAGUACGGUAAUACUGCGCAUACGGCCGAUGGCUGGACACCUGCACCAGAGAACCCAUAUUGGAAGAAGGGCAAGGGGAAGGCGGUACCACGACCAGAUCUUGCACCUUCCGCAGCAAAAGUCAAGGCAUUCGAGCAAUCAGGCCCAAGAGAGUCAAAGGUGAAAUUCUCACAACAGGCCACGAGCGAAAACACGGAGAAGUCACUUGACACCCUAAAGGCCGAGUGGAAAGCUACUCUACGCGAGAACAAACAACAGAAAAAGUCUCGUCGCGGCAAGGGUGGCAGGAAGACCGACAACAGGGCCAUGCGCAACAUCAUCAUAUCAUCCGAUGAAGAGGACGGUGGCGGAAGCGAAGCAGCAUACGAAGAUUACAUGGAAAACUUGAAGGCGCAGUUGGAGGCGGAGGGUGAAGAGUCUGUUAUGGACGUGCUGAAGGAGUCGUCUUCACAUUCACGUUCCAUCGCUGGACCAUCUAUGGUGGUAGAUGGGCAAGAGUUUGGUGAAGAUGAAGUUCUUCCGAAGCACAUGAAGGGGGAGUCAGGUGAAGCUGGCGGCAGCGGCGAGCUGGAUGGUGACAGUAACGAGUGGGAGACAUCCGAGAGUGAGAUGAAUCCCGACUUCAACGAGAUUUCCUCUGACGAAUCGCUCAACGCUUCUGAUUUGGAGGAAGAGCUCGAGUACACCGAGCGACAACAGUGGGAGGACGAGGAUGAUCUGCGUCAGAGACGUAUAGAUCGCAUGACGGACGAGCAGAUCGCGAGACUACUCGCGAAGCAAGAAGAGCUCGGAAUGGAGGGUGAUGAAUUACUGCUGGAGGACGGAGCAUACGACCUGGAAUCUGAUGACGGUUUCGGCGAUUUGCAAGCUGCACGUGCCGGCCUUUCGGACAUCACGAACUCGACAUUCGCUCGUGCACCAAAGAAACACGGCAUGCGACGCAACAAGAGCCAGAAGGACCCUGACUUCUUUCCUGAUGCUACCAUGCUAGCGGAUACACUCGAUCAAUACGGUGACAACGGCUUCGACAUUAUGGACUAUGAUCGACCCUCACUUCGGCCUACCAAGAAGGGUAGAAAGGGCAAGCUGCCGCCAGAGCUGGAGAUGCUCUCGGACGAGGAGUUGAAGGAGGAGAUGCGCGGCCAAUGGGCCAAUGACCGAUCGAAGAAGCGUGAGAAGAAGUUGGAGCGAGAGGAACUACGUCGCGAAGGCCUUCUUGGGUCAGCCGGACGCAAGGGCAAACCUGAUCUCAGCGCCAGAUACCCGCUCGGCAUGACCCUCAAAGAAGUCCACAACGAGCUACGUGAGUUCUUGCAGGACGAGGAUCUCCACCAGCGGGCAUUCCCGCCUAUGGACAAGAUCAACCGCAAGUCGCUCCAUGAGGUCUGUACGGCGCUGAACUUGAAGUCAAAGUCACAGGGAGCGGGUAAGAACCGCUUCCCGAUCAUUUACAAGACUUCGAUGACGCUGGAGUACUCCGACGACAUGUUCGGUCGGGUGCUGAACGCCUCGAAUCACGGCUUCCUCACGAACGCCAAAGCAAAGAAGAUGUCGAAGCAGUUGGGCAAGCGUGCUGGCCGAGGUGGUGGAUUCAGCCAGGCGGCGACUGGAUUACGGGAUGGAGAAAUCGUCGGUGCCGGUGCUGCUGAGAUUGGACAAAACAAUUUCGGACAUCGUAUGAUGGAGAAGAUGGGAUGGACCAAGGGUGCAGGAUUGGGCAAGGACGGCGAGGGACGACUUCAUCAUGUCGAGCAGGUCAUGAGGACCUCGAAGGCUGGCCUGGGUUAA